ACUACCAAACAAAUAUAUAUAGUCCCACAACAUUUACACAAACAAAACACUCAAACCAAAAUCAAAGCACACAAAAUAUAUUUUUCCUUAUCAUAAGCCAAAAAAAAUGGUGAACACUAAGUUCAUGAUGAAUGGACAUGGUGGCCUUAACUCCAUGGCGAGUUUUGGCCACCAUGUCUUCACGGGUCGAUGGUUCAUGGUAUUCGCGAACCUUUUAAUCAUGUCCAUGGCUGGUGCAACCUACAUGUUUGGUCUCUAUAGUGAUGAAAUCAAAUCAUCGUUAGGGUAUGAUCAAACCACGUUAAAUUUGUUAAGUUUUUUUAAAGACUUAGGUGGUAAUGUUGGAAUUAUUUCGGGUUUAAUCAACGAGGUAACUCCACCAUGGGUUGUACUAUUAAUUGGUGCAAUUAUGAACUUUUUUGGGUAUUUUAUGAUUUGGCUAUGCGUCACAGGACAUAUAGCCAAACCGCGUAUUUGGCAAAUGUGUUUGUACAUUUGCAUUGGUGCAAAUUCACAAACAUUUGCUAAUACUGGUGCGUUAGUAACUUGUGUUAAAAAUUUCCCAGAAAGCAGGGGAAGUUUAUUAGGGUUAUUAAAAGGAUUUGUUGGUUUAAGUGGUGCAAUUAUAACACAAUUAUACCAUGCUUUUUAUGGUAAUAAUGGCAAGUCAUUGAUUUUAUUAAUUGGUUGGCUUCCUAGUGUUGUGUCUUGUAUUUUUCUACGAACGAUUCGAAUUUUAAGAGUUGUUAAACAAGCCAAUGAGACCAAAAUAUUGUACAAAUUUUUGUACAUUUCACUUGGCCUAGCUUGUUUUAUCAUGUUAGUUAUCAUCAUACAAAAUAAGAUCAAUUUCGCGAGGUUUGAGUAUGCAGGAAGUGCAGCCGUUGUGUUGAUUUUGCUCUUUGCCCCGUUGAUCAUCGUGUUUCAAGAAGAAGUUAAGCUUUGGAACGCUAAGCAACAAGCCUUGGAUGAGCCUCGAUUGAAAGUUGUUUGUGAAAAUCCGCCUUCAGUAGAGCUGACUCAACCCCAGAAGCUAGCUUUAAGUGAAUCUGAGGAAAGUUUGACAUCAGUUGACCUGAGUCAACGUCAGAAGUUAGCUUUAAGUGAAUUUGAGGAAAAAUUGUCAUCAGUUGAUUUGACUCAACCUCAGAAGCUAGCUCAGAAAGAAUAUGAGGAAAAGGAAACUUCUUGCUUUAGUAAUGUGUUUAAUCCACCACCUAGAGGGGAGGAUUAUACGAUAUUGCAAGCGCUUUUUAGCAUAGACAUGAUCAUCCUGUUCAUCGCGACAACAUUUGGUGUGGGAGGUACAUUGACAGCUAUCGAUAACUUAGGUCAAAUUGGAAAAGCCUUAGGUUAUCCUGAGAAAAGUAUCACAACAUUUGUGUCACUAGUAAGCAUUUGGAACUACCUAGGACGAGUUGUCUCAGGAUUUGUAUCUGAAAUCUUUCUAAAAAAGUACAAAUUCCCGCGCCCUAUGAUGCUCACAUUAGUCCUCCUCCUCUCAUGUUCGGGCCAUCUCCUUAUCGCGUUUGGUGUCCCUAACUCCCUCUACAUCGCGUCUAUACUAAUGGGUUUCUGUUUCGGAGCUCAAUGGCCUUUGAUUUUCGCGAUUAUAUCGGAGCUUUUCGGGUUGAAGUACUACUCAACAUUGUACAAUUUUGGUGGUGGUGCUAGCCCUGUUGGUGCAUAUUUGCUCAAUGUUAGAGUAACUGGCCAUUUGUAUGAUAAAGUGGCUAAAAAGCAAAUGUUAGCAAAAGGGCUAAAAAGGGAAAUUGGUCAAGAUUUAACAUGCAUUGGAGUGGAGUGUUACAAAAUGGCCUUUCUUAUAAUUACUGGGGCUACAUUGUUAAGUUGUGCUAUUUCAUUAAUUUUGGUUAUUAGAACAAGGAAAUUUUAUAAAGGUGAUAUUUAUAAGAAGUUUAGGGAACAAGCUAAACAUGUAGGUAGUUCUUAAUUAAUUUUUAUCACUAAGUAUAUAUAUAUAUACUGAUAAAAAAUAAUUAUGAGCAAUUAUUGAGUCAUAGGAA